AUGAAAGCCGUGGUGUUCACCUUGGCUGUGCUCUUCCUGACAGGGAGCCAGGCUCGGCAUUUCUGGCAGCAAGAUGAGCCCCAAUCCUCAUGGGACAGAUUCAAGGAUUUUGCCACUGUGUAUGUGGAUGCUGUCAAAGAAAGCGGCAGAGACUAUGUGAACCAGUUUGAAGCCUCCACCUUGGGAAAACAGCUGAACCUGAAUCUCCUGGAAAACUGGGACUCCCUGGGCACCACAAUGACGAACCUGCGCGAACAACUCGGCCCCGUGACCCAGGAGUUCUGGGAUAAACUGGAGAAGGAGACAGAGGGACUGAGGCAGGAGAUGAACAAGGACCUGCAAGAGGUGAAGCAGAAGGUGCAGCCCUACCUGGACGACUUCCAGAGGAAGUUGCACGAGGAGGUGGAGCGCUACCGUCAGCACGUCGAGCCGCUGAGCGCCGACCUGCAGGAGAGCGCGCGCCAGAAGCUGAGCGAGCUGCGGGAGAAGCUGAGCCCCUUGGUCGAGGACCUGCGCGACCGCGCGCGCUCCCACGUGGAUGCACUGCGCACGCAGCUGGCGCCCUACAGCGACGAGAUGUACGACCGCAUGGUCAAGCGCCUCCAGGCCAUCAAGGAGGGUGGCGGCGCCAGCCUGGCCGAGUACCACACCAAGGCCAGUGAGCACCUGAGCGUGUGGAGCGAGAAGGCCAAGCCUGCGCUGGAGGACCUCCGCCAGGGCCUAUUGCCGGUGCUGGAGAGCGUCAAGGCCACUUUCAUGAAUCUACUGGAGUCCGCCAAGAGCAGCCAGUGAGGGGCCUGC